AGCGUGUGAAAAGUGUGAGUUAGCUUUGAAUUUUAACAAAUUAAGCGUAUUAACUAAAAAUUGCUUAAUGUGUGCACAUUUUAAUCCAUGUUUGUGUGUCCAGCAGUCAUAGUAACAACAACAAUUUUAAAUAAGUUUCCUUAAACAAAUUACGUAGAAAACGACGAUUUUCUCGCUCUCGCUUAACUAAAUUUCUUAGUGGCGUGAAUAGUGUAUAACAACAACAGCAACAAACGCGCGUGUGUAAAAUACAACAAAUACAUAAUACCCUAUAUUUAAUAGUUUUUAACAACCACAACAACAAAUACAACAACAAACUACAAUCAUGAGCUGGCAAGAUUAUGUCGAUAACCAACUUUUGGCCUCGCAGUGCGUUAACAAGGCGUGCAUUGCCGGACACGAUGGCAACAUUUGGGCGCAGUCUAACGGCUUUGAGGUCACAAAGGAGGAGCUGGCCAAAUUGAUAAGCGGCUUUGAUCAACAAGACCUGCUUACCAGCAACGGUGUGACAUUAGCCGGCCAACGGUACAUUUAUCUCUCAGGCACAGAUCGCGUGGUGCGCGCAAAACUGGGCAGAAGCGGUGUGCACUGCAUGAAGACGACACAAGCCGUCAUUGUUUCCAUCUACGAGGAUCCUGUGCAACCCCAGCAGGCCGCUUCUGUGGUGGAGAAACUUGGAGAUUAUCUGAUUACUUGCGGGUACUAGAAAAUAACUGAAUACAAAAAUUAUAAAAGCAACAAGAAUUCAACACCAUCAAAACACACACCAACAACAACAACAACAGCAACAAAAACACAACAACAAAUUCGCUAAGAAAAACCGUAAUAUGAACUAAAUAACUAAAAGAAGAUAAAAGUAAUUAUUAAUAUUUAAAUUUUAUGAGAAAUGCCAAGAAAAUAUAUAUUUUUUGAGGUAAUUGUGGUCAAACAGAUCUGAAACUUAAAAUAACAAUUUAAGAACAAUGUCAAAGAGUGUUUAUAAACCAUCCACAGCAUCAACAUCUUAAUUGCCCACAAAACACCUACAACAAAAUUAUAAAUUUCUGCAUUAUUAUAUUUAAACAUUUUUUGGUUCAUACGAUAAAAAUAAUAAUAAUAAAAAAAAAUAUACAAAAAACAAAAACGAAACAAAAUCUUAAACUCAACAUAAGCUAAAAGAAAAACGUAUUGGAAAGCAUUUUGUAAGCAACACAAAAAUAAUAAGACGAAGAACUAGAGGAUGAAGAAGAAGCAACAAACGCAAAGCAACGCAGGCAAAUUUUUGAAUACUUUUUUUGUACAGCAGUUUAGUACACAAAUAUAUAUACACCGAUCUAAAAAACAUACGCAGAGACUAAUUGAGAGUGAGUGAGAGAGAGAUAGAGCUAGGAAUGGGAGAGGGAAGGGUAUUGUGAAACCCAAACAGAAUAUGGAAAAGAGAAAGAAUGAUAAGUCAAGCAGCAGCGAACACACACAACAGGUAAAUACUAACCAAUAUAAUUGAUAUAUAAGUAUAUGUAUAUGUAUAUUUAUAUAUGUAAACUAUUUGGAGAACCAUGAAGCUCUAUUUUUAUGUGGCAGGGAAGAUACAUACACAUGCAAAAGAAAAAAAAAUCGAAAAUAAACAGCCGCGCAGUGAGCUAGGCAAUUUUUUAUACCAGAGAACUUUCAGAAUAUUUGUGUAAUAUUUGAAAAAGCAAAUAAACAAAGUGAGAACUAAACUAAAACUAGAAAAGAAUAUAUACACAUUCUUUUAGCCAUAUUUAAAAUCUAUGCUCAUCAUUGGGGUGUUUUAGUGAAGGAGUAGAAGAAUAUAAAGACGAAGACGAAGUCGAAGGAGAAGCAGAUUCCAAGCGAACACCAACAACACGCACACAUUUAUCCGUUUUCCAAACCGUCUCAUCUAGCCAUACAUAUAUAGAUACAUACAUACAUGCAUACAUAUAAAUGAACAUACAUACAAAUACCUAUAUAUUUGGUCACUUGCGCCAUUUGCUCUCUCUUUCUGUAUGCGCUUUUCAUGUUCGUAAUUUUGCAAUAUUCAUAAAAAAAAAAAAAAAAAAAAACGCUAAGACAUCAUACACACUUAUCGAUAAACGAUAUACGGCAAAUGACGCGCAUUUCGAACGCUGUGCAACACUGUCCGCCUACUGCCGCCAGCCGUUGAUUUGAAUGCCCGCGCUUUACAGGAUCUUUGCUGAGUAGACAAGAAGAAGAAGAAUGACAAGAAUUGGGCAAUUCAAUUUUGUCAUUCACAAACACAGAUACACACAUACAUUUACAUGCAUGCAAGUAAUAACGAAAAGUAAAUCAAAUCAAAUAUACGAAAAAAAAAGAAAACUAAACAAAAACAAAAAAUUUACAAAUUACUUAAAUCAUACAUAAAUAAAUGGCUUUUUAUGUUAGUUAAACAAAAGUCCCAACAUUUUCCAACAUUUCUUUUUCUCCAUAAAGCGUCAAAAUUUCAUCAAAAUUAAAAAGAAACCCAUGAAUGCAUAAAUAUUAAAUACAUAAUAUGAAAUUAAAAAAAAAAAGGAAAUGAAAAACCAUAUAUAAUACGAUACUUUAAUACUAUUGAAAUAAAAAACAGAGCAUGGCAAAAGUCCUACUCAUAAAAAUGAUAA